UACUAAUGCAAGAACCCCGAAACGUAUGAACCAAUCUGACUCACUUACACUGCAUCUUCCACCCUUUUGGACUCUUCCUCAUGGUGACGUCCCUGGGAGUGCCGCACAAUUUGCCACGGUCCAAAUUCUAGUUCCACAAUCAACCGCGGAUUCUCACUACCUCCGCAACCAUCCUUGAAUGGAACCAGCACGCCGCUCCACCAGCGCUGCGCACCCUGUAGAACACUGAAUGCAGUCAAGCCCCCUUAGUGUCAGUCGGCCCUUGACUUGGUAAAUAUCUGAACAUAUGUGCUCGGUUUCUUAUGGACGGUCCAGAUGUCAUCAACGGUGAGCUCACUGUGACUCUCCGCUCGUUUGGCUGCUUCUCUCCUAGUCUCGUAAUGCUCACAUCAGGCGGUCGUUCUAGAGUCCCAUUCAGACCGCAAUCUUCGCAAUCUCGCUUUUGUUCUAUUAAUCUUCAUAUUGUUAUUCCUGGUUCAGGUAUUCGUUCUCACGAUGUUAUAUGCUGCAACAUUCGGUCUUGACAUUGCCAUCAAUGCCGCCGUCCUCAUCGCGACUACUCUCCCCGCAGGCUCCAACUCUAAAGUCCAGAUGGGAUGCGGUAGCAGGGCACGAGACGCUACGGUCGGUGCCUUAACAGGCGGCAGUAGGCCAGAUAUCGUUCUGUACGACACCCACGGACAAGAAAUCCGGAGAAGCGUAGGAGGGGAGCCGUUCGACCCAGGAUCGAAUCCGACCAUAGAAAUGGGAAACCUCAUCGAAAAUACAUUUGACCCGGCCAAAGGGACCAUAACUCCGGAGUACGUGAAGUUGAUUGCGAGAAAUGACGAUGCGGUGUGUGUUAGUUACACACACACUGAAUUGGUAUCCCUAUCUGGGCAUCCUGGCUAUGCCAAAGAAUGCGCCAGACACAUGGAACUUCCCUUCUGGUACCCAUCCCCUGAGAUUAUCCCCGGCACCGACUUCCGUCCCGGUUGCGGCAUGCCCAUGGCCGUCUCAUUCCAAUUGACUGAUUUCGCUUUCCCCACUAGCGAAGAAGCGGCAAAAGCCAAGAUUCAGUAUGAGAAGGCACCAAACACUCUAUGUCAAGCUCCUGCUCGAAUGGCAUUCUGGGACACAACCUAUCCAAACGACUGUAUCCCGUUCUAUGAUUUCACGGUGGAGGGGAACAGCACCACGGGCUUUGAUAUAGAUAAUCAACUGAUUGUUGAUGGGCAUACGAUACCGUGCAAGAUUCAGGGACUGCUUCUAAAGCAGACUCUAGAGCCUGGGAAAGGACUUAGAACGCCCAAAACGCUCACUGACGAAGAGGAAAUGCAAGCUGAUGAAGACGGAACCAAUCCCAAUGGCGCGGCGCCCUGCGCUGGCAGCUUUGGCGGUGAAUGCGGACAAAUCUCGAGAGAGGAAGCCGAGAGGCUGCAAAGGGAGGAAGAUCAGCGACUGAGCGAAGAAGGGCAGAAUCCCAAUGGCCAGGCUCCAGGCGCAGAGGGCUUCGGAGGUAUUUGCGGCGUGGUACAUACCGCCAGACUGGAAUACUGCGCCUGGUGAAGGUGUGGGCAGAGUAUUGCCCUGCCCGACGGUAAAUACAGAAGAACCCCCGACGCUGCCUGACAUAAGUCGACGGAGUCGCAACCAAAAGCGACGUACACCACAAAGGAACGGCAUGUGUAACGACAGGCUUGUCAUCAGUUACCAUAAGGAACAUAGCGCAAGAGAGGUUUGUCAAAUAGAGAGGUCUUGGGGUCCAGACUUCGUAUCGAAAGGGAGAGGAUUCAUUGCGAUAUGUGCCCCAGGGCCACAAAAAUAGAUGUUA